CUCUCUCUCUCUCUCUAGGAAACAGUUUAGUAUCGCAGAGCUUCCUAUAGAGAACUCUCACGCCUCAAAGAGCUCUCUCUCUCUAGGAAACAGUUUAGUAUCGCAGAGCUUGCUAUAGAGAACUCUCACGCCUCAAAGAGAAUAGUCGGACUUGGAAAAAAAAAAAAAAAAAAAAGAGUGAAAGAAUAAAAUUCUUUCCUAUCUCUGACAUCAACCAAGAAGAAUUAAAUGGAAGAAGAUCAGCAAUAGAGAGAAGUCGUCGUGGAAAACGUGCUAUAAAAGUGACUAGAUUCCUUUACGUUUUUGCUUUCUUCUUUUUCUUUCAUUUUUUUUUUUUCCUUCUUUUAAUCCUUGGGGUUAUCCAAUUAUAGUGUUUCCGUGGAUAUAAUUUCUGAAGAGUUCGGUUUUGUUGUAUAAUAUACUGGAGGAAAUUAUAGGAGAUCAAAAAACAAUAUUGGAGCUUUGGGAUGAAACUCAAAGCAAAAAUAUUGAAAAUUAUAAAGAUAUUAUUACAAGAUCAACAGAAGAAAUGACUGCAUGGUGCAAUGAGUCGGAUGAGGAGAGGGCAAUUAAUCAGUUAAUUUCUCCCAACGAUGCCACAGUUUCUAGAUCUCUUAGCAUAAAUACCACCACCAAAACUAUUACUUCUACCACUACUUGUGCUGACGAAUUAAGGACCAUAACCUGCCCUUCUUGCGGUCACCAUAUACAGUUCCAAGACCAGCCGGGGAUUCAUGAUUUGCCGGGGUUACCAGCUGGGGUGAAGUUUGAUCCAACUGACCAAGAAAUUCUUGAACAUUUGGAGGCCAAAAUACUCUCUGAUUCGCGUAAGCUUCAUCCUCUAAUAGAUGAAUUUAUACAAACGCUUGAGGGAGAGAAUGGAAUUUGCUACACUCAUCCAGAAAAACUACCAGGAGUAAGCAAAGACGGGCAAAUCCGGCACUUCUUCCAUAGACCUUCAAAGGCCUACACUACCGGCACAAGGAAACGCAGAAAGGUUAACACCGACGAAGACGGGAGCGAAACUCGAUGGCACAAAACGGGGAAAACAAGGCCGGUUUUCGUCAACGGCGGAGUGAAAGGAUUCAAGAAAAUCUUAGUCCUGUACACCAACUACGGCAGGCAAAGGAAGCCGGAGAAAACCAACUGGGUCAUGCACCAAUACCAUCUGGGUAAUAACGAGGAAGAAAAAGAUGGAGAACUUGUGGUCUCAAAGGUUUUCUACCAAACACAGCCUAGACAAUGUGGUUCUAGCACUAUCAAAGACCAUGUUGUUUCAUUUGACACAAAUAUAAACAUAAGGAGUGGACUUAUUCAUGAUCACCAUAACAUUACUAGCCCUCUAGCAAAGAAAGCUGCUCUUCAUCACCAUCAUCAUCAUCAUGUGGAGUAUAAUUAUAACCCUAAUUCAUUCAUUGAUUAUCAUGAUCAUCAUCAUCAUCAUCAUCAUCAUGAGGAGGGGUCCCACAAUAAUGGAGAAAGCCCACCACAGCUGAUCCCUAAUUUGGUUGUCCAAGGUGACGGGUCGUCGUUUAUUCAUCGAUUAACCGCUGAGGCAAGCAAAGGAAAGCUUGAGAGGAAAAUGUAGUGACGCAAGAGCUUUUGGUAGGGUAAACAAUGACAAUGACUGUUGUAUAGUUGUUGUUGUUGUUGUUGUUGUUUUUUAAGUUGCUACGUAACACUCAAAUAAGUUAUUGGAGGAAAAGAAGAAAGGUUUACUCCGAAUAAAGAUGAAUUAAUGGCUUCCAAGUGAUUAGGUCGUAGAAGAUUUGGCUACGAAUAUUAUAUUAUUGAGGGUAUGUUCUAAUUGGAUUUUGUGAGCAAGUUAUGGGCAAAUAUUAAUAUACGAGUGUACAGGUAAGUGUUUUCUUUGUUCUUACAAACUUUUAUCACAUGUUUAGUCUUAAAUAGGUUUUAGAUAUUCAUCCUUAUGUUUAUUUGUACU